AUGCUUAUAGCAUUCCACAGUUCGGUGGAAGUUGAAAGCCUGGAAAGAGGAGGAGCAGGCAUUGGAUAUUUGGAUCCACCUGAAAUCACAUCCAAACCCCGUAACUUGCAAGUGAAGGCGGGCGGUGUGGCGGCAUUCUAUUGUGCCGCCAGAGGCGACCCGCUUCCCGUCAUCCAGUGGAAGAAGAAUGGCAAAAAAGUUUCCAGUAAGUAG